AUGGCGACAACGGGAUCGAAUAUGAUUCUUGAUGAACCUAUAAUCUCUACGUCUAGGACAAAACGCAGAGUCUUCCCUACCGAUUCCUCGGUCAUCCUGGUGGGUUGUCGCGGUGCUGGAAAACGGACGUUGGGGUUUAUCGCUGCCAAGUAUCUCGGCCGUCGACUUAUUACUGAGGAUCACUUUUUUGAACAAUCGACAAGAUGUACCAGAGCUACUUUCUUGCAAAAAUAUGGACGAGAAACGUUUAACCAGCAGAUGGCGAUCGUACUCGCCCGAAUGCUCGAGCUGAAUCAGGCGAAUUGUGUUAUAGAAUGUGGCACGGGCACGUUAUCAUCUGAUAUUGAGGAGAUCCUGAAGGACUACAUUGAGACGAAUCCUAUCAUCUACAUCCAUCGCGAUAAAGAGGAUCUAUACAAGUUAUUAAAGCUCACAGUGGCGGAUGCAGAAUACCUACUCACCACUGACCAGAAACAUCGUGAUUUCUCUAAUUUGGAGUACUUCAAUAUUUUUGACCCCAGUGGUGAAGGUCAGGUAACAGAGGACUGCCCCUAUCGUUCUGCGUCUACAAGCACCGCAAAGCUUGUAGAGGCGAAACAAGACUUCAAAAACUUUCUCGAUCAUAUCUUUGGUCAAGGUUUGACACGAUCAUGGAUAGCAAAUCCAUUCUCGAUGAAGGCAAUACCCCCAGAGUAUCGAACUCAUACGUUUGUCUUCUGCCUUCGACUGUCGUCGUUAAUCAGCAUGGAUAUUGAUAUAGCCGAAUUGGAAGCUCCUGCAGAGGCUGUGGAACUAAUAAUUGAUACCUGGCCGACCAACGUGCUCGACCUUAUUGCAAUCCAGGUAGCCUUAAUCCGCCGUAAACUGGACCUUCCAAUCAUUUACUCCGUCGAAGAAAAUCCUCGCGAAGAACGUAAGAGACCCCUCGAAGAAAGAGAUACUAUGGACCUUGAAUUGAUGCUUCAUGGGCUUCGACUUGGUGUCGAGUAUUUAAGUCUUGACCUCCAAAGAAGUCCAGGGCUAAUCUCCCAUAUUCUCGCCAUGCGAGGCAGGACAAAAAUCAUCGGGAAUUACGUUAUGAAAGGAUUUGGAGCUCCAAAGUGGAAUGAUGACUCCUUUGUCGAACGUUAUUUGCUUGCUCAACAGUUUGGGUGUCAGAUUGUCCGCAUGGCCCGGUUCUGUUCCGUGGAUAGAAACGAUGAACUCCGGCAAAUUUUCAUCGAUAAAAUCAAUGCCUUACCAGAUCCUAAACCUUGCCUAAUUGCCUACGACUUUUCGGUGUUCGGCGUGGUACUACCUUUCCAGGGAGACAUACUAAAUCCAAUCGGACAUGAUUCUCUCGAGAAGUCCUCGCGGGAACAGAUGAUUGGCGUAAGUACAACACGGGGUACGUUACGGGACCUUUUUCGAAAAGGAAUCUUACAGCCACUCAAUUUCUAUACUUUGGGGUUAAAUGUUUAUUAUUCGGCAUCGCCCUCGAUGCACCGCGCAGCAUAUGAACAUUAUAUGAUGCCGCACACUUUUAACGCUAGACGCUGUACUUCACUUGAAGAAGUCGACCGGAUUCGGCGCGAGCCCGGUUUUGGCGGCGCUUCGUUAACGGCACCCUUCAAGGUUGCUAUGAUGCCCCGCCUUGAUCAUCUCAGCACCCAUGCUAUCGCAAUCGGCGCGGUUAAUACGCUUUUACCACUACGUGGGGAUACCGACUCAAUUUUAGACCAUGCUAAUGCUCGAAAUAGAGCUGGAUAUGCCAACAGGUUCUAUGGGGACAAUACAGAUUGGAGUGCAAUCAUGACUUGCAUACGUAGAGCUAUCAGUCCUCGAAACUCGGUACAGCCGUCUCGGACGACGGCUCUAGUAAUAGGAGCGGGUGGAAUGGCUCGAGCAGCUAUCUAUGCUCUAAUCAAAUUAGGCUGUCGGAUGAUAUUCAUUCACAAUAGGACAAGGAUAAAAGCAGAAGAAGUUGCGAUGCAUUUCAACAUGUACGCCAUAGAGCAGAGACUUCUAUCCCGCCAGAAUGAAGGAGAGAAGAUAUGUCGGGUCAUCGGGUCAGCCAAUGAUCCAUGGCCGAAGCAAUAUCAGCAGCCAACGAUGAUCGUAUCCUGCAUUCCAGCAUCGGGUACAGACGACAAUCCACCGGUAGACUUCAGAAUGCCUUCGCAAUGGUUAAGAAGUCCUACUGGUGGUGUAGUGAUUGAGUUAGCGUAUGAACCCUUGAUAACACCACUAGUGGUUCAGGUUCGUAAGAUUCGCGAAGAAGGGGACACGUCGUGGGUGAUUAUUGAUGGCUUAGAGGUUGUGGGGGAAAUGGCCAUGGAGGCUUUCGAACUAAUGACCGGUCGUCAAGCACCAAGAAGGUUAAUGCGAAGAGUUUGCAAUGAAAACUGGGAGAAAACAAGCGCACCGUUCCAACCGCAGAGGUAG